UUUGGAAGUCGGUUAAAAAACAAACAUUAUAAAAUCUAAUUGGCCGUUUACCUACUUGUCCACUCGAACAAGUAAUGAAUGUUGCGAGACUUAUAAAAUCGAUAUAGCUAUCACAUAAAAACGUUGCCUAUAAUAAAAUAAUGGCGCCUAAAGUUAUGAAGAAAUCCACGAAGCUGCCUAUGGAGAAGCCGUUAGAAAAGAUCACGAAAACGAAGAAAAACAAAAAGAAGAACUAUUCAAGUUUCUCCAUAUUCCUGUUCAAGUUGUUGCGGAAAGUGAACGCGGGGAAGAAUUACAAUCUGGGUAUAUCGAGACAUUCAAUGCUAAUUAUGAAUAAUUUUGUCAACGAUUGGCUGGAGAAAAUAGCAGCAGAGGCCGGGAGACUGGCUCACUAUGGGAAAAAGGUCACAUUGGGAAGCGCUGAAAUAGAAAGUGCUACAAAAUUGCUGAUGUCUAAAGAAUUGGCGGACCACGCGACGGCUGAAGCGAGGGUUGCCAUGGCGAAAUAUAUGCAGAGUCAAAAUAUGAUCUCCGAGUGAAUCAAAGCAACCUUUUGAUUUAUUAUAAUAUUAUGAAGACCUGUGAAUAAUAUUUUAAGUUUAUGAUUAAUUAUUUAUUCGAUACAACAAAGUUAUUUCGACAAAACCAGUUGUGGACGCCAUAU